AACAAAAUAUGAGUUGUAGUGAAGUUGAAAUGUAUGACACACCCGAUACCAUAGCAUACGGUUAAUGUGAGACCCAUUCUCUUAUUCAAUACCACCGUUAACCACCUCUCCGGCACCGAUCAACCCAAUGGCCCGUUCAAUCUUCAUCCUCUACUCACUCUCCCGCCGGCGAGUUUCCGAUCAACUCAGAAGCCUGUUCUUCAUACCCACCGCUUUAGCUCUAACCACCUCUCUCUUCAUUCUUUUCUACAUUUCUUCAACCUCUAAUCUCUUCACUCCUCAUCCUCACCGUCCAUCUCAAUCUCGCCACCAUUUUCUUCAAAACCCAGAUGGGGUUUCGUCUAAAGUGAAGAAUUUGCAGACCCCAAUUGAAAGUCAAACGCAAUCAAGUCUUGAUUUUGACUCGUUGGGUAGGAAUUUGGGGGGUGUUGAUGAUCAUGGAAAAACUGCCGUAAACGAGAUUAUCUUCCACGAUCAAGACAUCUUUAAACAAGACUAUCUCAAAAUGAACAAGUCCUUCAAGAUAUUCAUGUACCCGCAUAACAAAAACGACCCAUUCGCUAACAUUCUACUUCCAGUAGAUUUCGAACCCGAGGGAAACUAUGCUAGCGAAAGUUUCUUUAAGAAAACGCUCAACAACAGUCACUUCUUAACCAACGAUCCCGCCAAAGCCGAUCUUUUUUAUCUACCCUUUUCAAUUGCAAGAUUAAGACACGAUCCAAGGGUGGGGAUUGACGGUAUCCAAGAUUUUAUUAAAGAUUAUAUUUAUAAUGUUAGUCAUUAUUACCCGUAUUGGAACCGGACGGGUGGUGCGGACCAUUUCUAUGUUUCUUGCCAUUCGAUUGGACGGGUUGCCAUUAAUAAAGCGGAAGAAAUCAAACUUAAUGCCAUUCAAGUUGUGUGUUCUUCGAGCUAUUUUCAAUCUGCGUAUGUUCCUCAUAAAGAUGCAUCCUUGCCGCAAAUUUGGCCUCGGGUAGACGAUGAUCCCCCACGUAUUACGUCAUCGCAAAGGAAAAAGCUAGCAUUUUUCGCGGGAUCUAUAAACUCCCCCGUUCGCCAAAAGCUUGUAGAAACAUGGCAAAACGAUACAACAAUGUCGGUGCAUGCGGGUCACCUAAACACAUCAUACGAAGAAGCACUUCAAGACAGCAAGUUUUGUCUUCAUGUCAAAGGGUUUGAAGUCAACACAGCUCGAAUCGGUGAUGCAUUAUAUCACGGCUGUGUCCCUGUGAUCAUUGCAAACCACUAUGAUCUCCCGUUCGCAGACAUAUUAAACUGGAAAAGUUUUUCGUUAGUCAUCGCAACAUUAGACAUCCCGUUAUUACAAAGGAUCCUUCGGGGUUUAAGCGACGACGAAUACGCCAGUUUGCACAAAAACGUGCUUGAGGUUAGAAAACAUUUUCGUUGGCAUGUUACUCCGGUUGAUUAUGAUGCGUUUUACAUGGUUAUGUAUGAGUUAUGGCUUCGUAGAAGCUCGAUUAGGGUUCCGUUGAGUUAGAUGUUUUAUAUACAACUUUAGUUGGUAGAUUCUUGGAUUUCUUGAUUUAUUGGUAAAUAUUAUUAAUAACAUGGCGGUUUUAGCUUA